GUCGCCGACGAGCAUCGAGCGUCGUGGGCCGCGCGCCGCUGCCGGCAUCCACGCUCGACUCGCUCCGCCGAGACCGAGAGUUUCUGUCGCUUGGUGUCCUGAGUUGUUAUGCGAUGUCCGGAAGCCGGCGCCCACAUGCGUGCUGGAGCAACCUAAGGCUGUGAUGCGGAGCGGACGCCAUGCGGACGACCGUGCUGUCUCCCUACUCGGCGCUGCGAGGCCGCGUCUGCAGUAGGCUGCACGCCAGGAGUGCCGCCAUCGCCAGCGCAGUCUACACGCUGAACAUCUCCAUCCUGGUGGUGCUGCUCUAUAGUUGGAGGAUCGGAGCGAACGCCAACCGACACGCCGCUCUUCAGGACGUCUACUACGGCGUGCAGAUAGCGUACCUGACCAUAAUAGGCACGCAGCUCUUCAUGAUCGCUCUCAGCAUACUGCUGCUCGCCGCCAUCUUCAAGGAGAACGCGGGCCUGGUGGUGCCGUGGAUCACAGGCUUCAUCACCUUCAUGGCGCUCGAGGCCAUGGCCAUGGUCUACUCGAACGUCCUCAGGGACCACGUGAACAAGCAGUUUGACGCCCUAUGUAAAAUGGAAGUCGCCUUCUUCACUUCAAGAGCAGCGAUAAAUUGCCUGGCGAUCUACGGCGUCAUCCGCUUCUACAACCUGCUGCGCGCCGGCGCCUCUUGGAAGUCACCGGAGUGCGUGGAGCUCUGAUACCAAGCGCCGCCCUGGGAGGACGACGACCGGCUGUUGGGCGAUUCCGUCUGACCAGCGGCGGCGGUCCCAGGGGCGGGCUCCGGACACUCGCUGCAGCGCCGCGCUCUGGCGAGGCGCCAACCGACUACCGGCGCUCCGCACCGCACCGCUCCCUCACGGGAGUGCUUAAUUCUGCGAGGCGCCCUGGAAGGACUCCAGAUUGUUGGCGAAUGAGUUCGGCACCCCAGGCGUCCUCGGGGAGACGUCAUCUGGGCCUUCUAUGCCGAGUAGCGUACUGCAUGUUGUGCGUACUGCAACUGGGUGGGUCCAUCACGUCGGUAGCGUCCAUCUGCGGCAGUAGGUGUGUGGCCCUCGGUGAACUGUCAGCUUCGUCACUCCUGCUGGCGAGGAGUAAUUUGUAUUUGAUACAGGCAGGGUCCACAGAGGUCUCCGACAAAAUUUCUGAAUAUUUCCCACAUACCCUCAGAAACUGAAGUGGGCGGGUGGCCUGAUGUAUGUAGUGGCUGAUGCGGGCACAGCCACUCCCUAUGGACAAAUAUCACUCCUCACAGUACAUACGUGGAAUCCUGUGAGAAACUGUACUUUCUUUCUUUUUUAACUGGACUUUUCCUGUAAGGUGUGAGAUAAAAUGCGCUGUAUUCAGCGUGUGACAUUGUUUUUCACGUAACAAGCAGCACAUGUAACUGGCAGCGGGACUCUCAUUCGUCAGGAGUCCGUCGUUUCACCUGUAUCUUUCAUUCUUUGUAGCCUGUUGUGAUUAACUGUGCUUCCCACCGCACUAUACCAUAUCACAAAACUUAACAUAAAAUGUAAAUUUGUUACAUAGUAGUGUUCUGUCGGAAGUCAUUGGCUGCAAAAUGCUUAUUCAUAUUCUCAAGCGUGUUGUCAUAAAAGCCCUUGUCACUACAGUUGGCGUUGUAGAACAUCGAUUACUAAACUCUGUUCCUUUUUUGUAUCCAUAUGUGCCAAAUUAAGUCCCAUCUCAUUUUCAGUAUUUGUCUGAUAUUCUUCUUUGUACUGCGAAUUUUUGCCUUUCUCUUCAGAGAUAAUGUUAUCAUUUUAAUUACCUCUACCGCCAUAUAUCAGCAGGGACGUUAAAUGUAAACAAUGGAAUUAUUUCUUUCGAUACUUAGAUCAACUUUAGCAAUGCCAUCACGUUGGACAGGUUGACAGGCACUAUUUUAGGUCAAACGCGUAAUGACUACCGACUGCCAAAUAUGUCCUUUAUAAAAAUAUGUCUCGACAGCGACGAAAGUUUGUUUUCUCAGCUUCCUUCUGAAACAGACGAGUAGCUACACCUCCACCUCUAUCUCGCCCCUAUAUUCAUUCUCUAAACUACUGAGGCUGUAUUAAAAAGUACGUGAACAAACACUGUUUGCGGAUUCCUCCCACUAAGACAGUGACGUCGCUUCGUGUAAACGUAUAUCCGACAUGGUCAGUUUUCUUAGCUUUUAAAACAGCACGUGUGUUUUCAAUUAAUUAUUUUUAUUCCUUUCGUCGUUUGUUCAUCAGACAAACAUACACUUAGCUAUCGAGUACAUAAGAAAUAACCCGACGAAAAACACGGAAAUAAAACUGGUAGUAAUUACAGUGAUGCUGAAUAUACAAAUUACGUAUUACACUCUUUACUGUGUUUAAUAAUGGUCAAGGAAUGGUAAAUGAUUCGAUUGUAGCCUCUCAGUGGGAUCCAUUUCCCCAUUCGUGUGAUAUAAUUCGGGAAGAUUGCGGUAAACCCAAAUCAUGACAGCUGGAUCAAGUAAUGCCUACAUCAUCUCUACAGGAAUAGUUGGCCCCAUCAUUUUCACUAGAGAUUAGUGAGUCAGUGAUCAUAAUACGUUAGAAGUGACCUAAAAUAACUGUAUCUUGAACAUAGUUCUAUUUUUAGUUUUAGUUCAAUUAAUUGCAAUAACCAUAAACUGUAUAAUGACACAUAUGGAGGACAGAAAAAGAAUGUCAGCAGAAAAGAAUGAAAUUUGGUAUUAAAAACCUAUUAUCUGUGGCUGAUAUCAUUCAGAAAUUCUACAAAUGUAUUGAAAAUAUAUGUCACAGUUUGCUGCCCACGCGUCUCAAAGCUACUUCAGAAUGUCCACACACCGUUGUGCUUAAAAAUAUUAUCUCAUCCUCUCGAGUUCACAGUAAACAACAGCACAUUAUUUGGUUGCAGUUGUUACCUCAGUGGAAUUCUGCACAGUAUCAGGAACACAUAAAGUCUCAUAGAAAAAGAAGGAAAUUACUUCUUCUUUUAGUUCUAUGGAUACUCGAAAGAAUUCAUUAUUACAACCUUUCAAAUAGUAUCGAUUUCUUUCAUGGGCUGCCAUAGCACUUUCGUAAGGAAUCCGAAAUGUCUGUCAUGUAAAUCAGUUCUUUCAAGUGUUCUCGCAGAUAAAGUGCAGAACACCCAGAGCAGGUAAACAUGUAAGCUAAGGAAAUGUUUCUUCAUUACCAAUCAAUCUGUUUUGCUUCAUAUUCAUCACUAUAUCUUAAAUGAUGUGACAAAAUUGUUUUGGAUUCGGAUCAUCCGUAAGACAGAUCAAUUUUAUUGUUUCUCUGAUCACAUUGUCCUACUACAGUUUUUUCCAGUGGUCCCAGCUUAAAGGUCGCAACAUGUGUUUCAUAUUGGAGACCAUUGAAGCACAACUGCACAGACAUGACUAAAGUGAACAGUCAACCAUACCAUCAACCUUUAUCUAGAAUACAAUAACACCUCAAUCAGCUGAUUUUUGUCAAUAACAACACAUAAGAAUUUAUACCAGUAAUAAGAAGAACGAAGCAUUUACACGUUUUAGUUUGAGUUUUUCCCAGUGUUUUGAAGUCAGUAAUCUUUCCCUAAGCUUUGUCCAAGCAUUUUUCUCCAUUCCAUGUAGUCAGUAUUCUAGUGAUUUUUUGAAAUACCUCUUUCUAAUCUAAUCUCAUUUGUAGUGGUGAAUCACAGAUCUAUUUAGUAUUAACUGGAACUUCUGCAACCAACAUAAACGCUCCACUUCUGUCAACAAUUAAUAAAACAAAUUGUUCAAAAUUCAAUGAAACAUAAUUAACUCUGGCAAACAGCUGCUGCACAGUAUAUCUUGAUAUUUGGUU